ACUAAUCCCAACACUACAAAUCAUAGCUCCCAUCGACACUUCUCAGCACAGACCCUGUGACUCCCCGCCAGCUACUUCACGUCUGCCUCAGACAGGACAAGGACAUUUUUAAAGAGAAGACAUGGCUGUAGUCAGUGGAACUUACCGUAUGGUGUCAGAGGAGGAGCAGGCGCUCAGGGCCAAGCUGGAGCGUCUGACCGUCAAGGACCACGGACCAGUUUUUGGACCCUGCACCAACGUGCCAGACCACACAAUGCAGAAGGCCAAGGAUGAGCUGAAUGAGACCGAUGAGAAGCGGGUGUCAGCAGUGAAGGAGUUGCGAGCAAUUAUUAAGGAGAAGGCAGAAGGUGGUGAUGAUCUGGCCAAGGGGGUGCAGGACACCUUCGGGGAGAAACCAGACAACAUGCUGACCCGCUUCAUUCGUGCCAGGAAGUACGACGUGCCCAAGGCUUUCGACCUUAUGAAGGGUUAUGUGCGUUUUAGGAAGGAUUACCCCGAGCUGUUCGAGAACCUGACCCCUGAGGCCGUGCGCAGCACCAUCGAGGCCGGCUACCCCGGCAUCCUGCAUAGCAGAGACAAAUACGGCCGUGUGGUCCUGCUUUUCAACAUCGAGAACUGGGACUACGAGGAGAUCACCUUUGACGAGAUCCUGCGCGCCUACUGUGUGAUACUUGAGAAGCUUCUAGAGAACGAGGAAACUCAAAUCAAUGGAUUCUGUAUCAUUGAAAACUUCAAGGGCUUCACCAUGCAGCAGGCAUCAGGAAUCAAACCCACUGAGCUCAAAAAGAUGGUGGACAUGUUACAGGACUCAUUCCCUGCCCGUUUCAAAGCUGUGCACUUCAUCCACCAGCCCUGGUACUUCACUACCACCUAUAAUGUGGUCAAACCUCUCAUGAAGAGCAAGCUGCUGGAGAGAGUGUUCGUGCACGGAGACGAGUUGGAAAAUUACUACAAGGAGUUUGAUGCCGAAAUUCUCCCUGCCGAGUUUGACGGAAAAGGUCCCAAGUACGACGGCAAGGCCACAGCAGCCAAGCUGUUUGACUAGACAUCCUCAGUCCUUUUGCCAAUGAGGUCGAGAGCCUUUACGUAUUAUAAACCCUAUAGACUGUGAAGAAUCAACGCCCAAUCUAGCUGUGUGGUUGUAGGAACUAAAGUUAUGAAUGAAAGUCGUGACUGUGUUAGAAGGUAAAAUGAUAUUGUACUGCACAGGUCCUGGUAAAGCACAUUCAAGACAAAAACUAGACAAGCCAUCCCAGUGACACCGUAUAGUUUGAAUUUUCUAGUUGAUGACCAUCAAAAGUGCCAUACAUGCUCCAAAUAACUACAGAGUGCAUACACUUCAUGUAUUUGCUUGUCUUUCUUUGAAAGUCAGUCCUAUGAUAAGUAAAACUUACUUCUAACUCAUUACAGUGAACAUUUUAGUGUUUGUAUUUAUUUACUUUUUGCCAAUUCUGUAUUUUUUUUUUUAGCAGAAUAAGCAGUCCAGUCCAAAUUAUCUCGCUCAGGCCAGGACUUUUUUUCGUUGGUGCAAUUAAGAUAAAUUUUAGUCCAAUUAGCAUCAAUCUUGUCACAGGGUUCCCCUUUUUAUCACUAGAACCAUAACCAAUAAAUUAAUAAAUAAAUAAAUAAAUAAAUGCAGAUAAGUAAAUGUACACAGUGGUGGAUUAGCUGUGACAAUCACUUUUAGUUCAUUCCAAACCCAAGUACAUGGACUGAAUGACUGGCUGCCUUGGAGGCAGUUGUCAAUCUUAAAAGAAAAAGAAGAAGAAGAAGAAGCAGAAGAAGCAGCAUGGUUUGGUACUGGUGUGAAGUGUACAGAAGCUUGUGAUUAUGGACCAAAAAAAUAAAAUAAAAUAAAAUAAAAGUCAUAUAUGUGAUUAUCUUAUCACAUACAGUGUUUUUCCAUUACGCAAAAACACUGCCAAUCUUGACCGGCUCUGAACACCACAUGUUAUGUCUCCGUUUUGUCAAACUGUGCUUUCUCUGGACUUAAAUUCACCCACCACACAGAUGGUUUAUUACUGGCAGGCCCCAGCUUUCUCAGGACCCAACCUCUUAUCCCUGAUCAUCUUCUUGCACAAGGCUAGUAUUCCAACAAGUGCCUCUCUUUCCUGCUUUUCUUUCUUUCUUUUUUUUUUUUUAAGACUUCUUCAGUAAGGUAUAAUAAAGUUUGACCCAUUGUGCUACCCAGUGCACCAAUAACAAUGUCAAUACAUGUACAAUAAACUGUUAAUAAAUGCAAA